UCUCUCGCAGUUCUUUACUGAAGGCAAAAGAGAUGGAAUCUGGAAUAACAGACAGGACACUGAAAGAACUCAGUGGAUCAAGCAGCAUCUAUGGAGACAAAUUAUCACACCCAUCAAAAUGGCAAACAAGAUCUUGGAAAAUUUUGGAAAGAAGUUGAUUCGUAGAAGAAAUGUUGAUUGCAGCACAGACGAAACUCGUUUUGUCAGGUGCCUGACGACGUUGGACCUCGUUGCUCUGGGGGUUGGCAGUACUCUCGGGGCAGGUGUGUACAUUUUAGCAGGUGAAGUAGCCAGGGACAAAGCAGGUCCUGCUAUUGUCCUUUGCUUCUUGAUCUCUGCUCUUGCCUCUGUACUUGCUGGCCUCUGCUAUGCUGAAUUUGGAGCUCGAGUCCCCAAGACUGGAUCUGCAUACCUCUACAGCUACGUCACUGUGGGUGAAAUAUGGGCAUUUAUAACGGGAUGGAAUUUAAUCCUAUCAUAUGUACUAGGUACAGCAAGUGUUGCUCGAGCAUGGAGUUACACUUUUGACAACCUCAUUGACAAUAAAAUUUCAUUUUUCUUUGGAAAAUACCUGAAAAUGAACUAUCCUGGCGUGCUUGCUAAUUAUCCAGAUAUAUUUGCCGUCAUCUUAAUUUUGCUUCUCACAGGUCUUUUGGCAUUUGGGGUGAGCGAGUCAGCAAUAGUGAACAAAGUAUUUACUGUCAUAAACUUAGCUGUUCUGGGCUUUGUUAUCAUCUCUGGAUUUGUGAAAGGAGACAUCAAGAACUGGCAGUUAACCGAGGCUGACUACAAUGAAACCUGCCUCAAAAACAGUACCUAUUGUGAAGCAGCAAACUUUGGCUCUGGAGGAUUUGCCCCUUUUGGACUUUUUGGAAUUUUCUCAGGAGCUGCAACGUGCUUCUAUGCCUUUGUAGGAUUUGACUGUAUUGCAGCUACAGGCGAAGAAGCAAAAAAUCCUCAGAAGUCAAUUCCUAUUGGGAUUGUUGUUUCCCUGUUGAUCUGCUUUGUGGCAUACUUUGGAGUGUCCGCUGCUCUCACGCUCAUGAUGCCAUACUACAUCCUGGACGAUGAAAGCCCGUUGCCAAAGGCCUUCCAGUAUGUUGGCUGGGACCAUGCACGAUACCUUGUGGCAGUUGGCUCUCUCUGUGCCCUCUCCACCAGUCUGUUAGGCUCCAUGUUCCCUAUGCCACGUGUCAUAUAUGCUAUGGCUGAGGAUGGAUUGCUCUUCCGCUUCCUAGGGAAUAUGAACAAAAAAACCAAGACACCGGUACAUGCAACCAUUGUUUCUGGCAUUGUGGCUGCUAUCAUGGCACUGUUCUUUGAUCUAGACGUCCUAGUCGACCUCAUGUCUAUUGGUACAUUGCUUGCCUAUUCUUUGGUGGCAGUUUGUGUUCUUAUCCUCAGAUAUCAGCCUUCUCAGCUUGUUAAAUGUGAUAUGUACGAAAUGACUCCAUUUGGAGAAAACAAAGGCAACCUGGAAAACCAAAUCAACAAUGAGGACAAGACUUCAUUGACCAUAAAGCUGCUAUUUAACCCAAAGGAAAAUCACCCCACUAAAAAUUCUGGAUUAAUUAUUUACAUAAGUGCUGGAAUUUUGUCAUUUGUCUUGACUUGUAUUUCCAUUAUUAUUGCCAAAUAUCAUGUGGAAAUACUGAACGCACACGUCUUCUGGGUAAUGCUGCUUGGGGCUCUCUGUCUGGUGGUUGUAGUCAUUACAUUCGUGAUGUGGAAACAGCCACAAAGUAAAGUGCCACUUACUUUUAAGGUACCACUCCUCCCCUUUAUACCUAUCGCCAGUGUCUUCAUAAAUGUUUACUUAAUGGUGAUGAUGAGUUUGAACACAUGGGCAAUGUUUGGAAUUUGGAUGCUUAUCGGAUUUUUGAUCUACUUUGGGUAUGGAAUACGGAACAGCUCUGAGGGUCGUAGUCCCUAUGAUACACCUAUUGACUCCAGAAGCCAAGAGAAAAUGGACACAAUGCUAGAAUGCAACACUUUAAUUGGUGUUGAAAAAUUUAAAGAAGUGGAAACUGCGUGAAUACAGAAAGAUCUCUGAGAGGAAGUUCACUGAAAUGCAAACUUCAUUCCUAGUUACAUUUAAUGGUGCAUAGUUAUUUCUUGUGUGGAAGCAGUUAUGUCUGCUGUCCAUUCAGGCUAGUACCGGCUCUUAGUAGCACACUUAAGUGUACUUGGGAAUAGCCUUUCAAGAGUCUCUUGUCAAGUGUUCAAGUACACGCUUCAGUUAUCAUAAUCUAUUAAAAAAAGAUUUUUAGCUUCUUCUACAAUUCUGAUCAUCAGUGUACUCUGUAUCGAAUGCAUAACAUAUUUUGCACAGUGUUGAAAGAGACUGAAAUGUCAUUUUAGUUUCUACGUAUAAUACAGUUUCCUGAAAUAUGUCAUAUUAAAUGAAUUGGCAUUCAGACCACUAUAAUAAGGAUCAAUGGUUUGUUUAGGUCUAGGGCCACAACACCAGUGGUGAAAAUGAUAAAUAUCCCAGGCAAUGUCUCAGACAUUCGAACUAGUAUUCUCCUAUGACAAGACCCUCAUUUUUGAACAGGUGGGACAUCAUCAGUACAACCAACUUGGAUCUUCUACUUUAUUUUGGGAAAAGUCAAUGGCCAGAUUGUGAAAUUCAAUAAAUACACACAUUAUUAAUACGGUGCCUUGAAAAAGUAUUCAGUCCGCACAAAUAUUUUCACAUUUAACUCUCAUUUUCUAAAUUUAAAAUAUAUUGAAGUCUUACUUUCUUGAGGUAAUCUACAAAACAUUGUGCAUCAUGUAAUAUCAAAAACAAAAAUCCAAAACCUGUCAACAAUUUGCUAAAAGUUAAAAACUAAAAUUGUGAGAAAAUUACUACGCUAACUUUCCUCAGGUGCAAUAUACAUAUUACUUUACCAACUCACCCAAAUUUGUUGAUGUAGAAAAUUAGAAAUUACUUGUUUUCAAUGAAUUCAUAAGAAUAAAUACCCCAUCUCUGUAAAGUCCAGCAGUAUGGUAGAUUUCCAACAAACCGACCAAAAUUAAGACAAAAGAGUAUUCAAGACGAGUAAAUCAUAAUAAAGAAGCUCAAAUCUGGGGGAGGGUAUCAGACUACCUCAAAGGCACUGAACAUACCUCGGAGCUCAGUGCAGUCCAUUGUGAAAAGGCGAGAAAAAAUAUGAAACUAGAGCCACAUUGCCUAGGUCAGGCCAUCCCAAAACUUAGUUGAUGGAGAAGAAUGGCAAUUGUAGGAGAGGCUGCCAACAGUCACUCGUGAGUGAGCAGCCAAAGUCAGUGGCUGCAACUGAGGAUAAAGUUCAUGGCUCCACAAUCUCUUGCGGUCUUGUACAAAAAGGGUAUUUAUGGAAGAGAGGCAAGGAAGAAGCCCUGUUUUUUUUUAAAAGCACAUUCUUACCUGUCAAGACUUUGGAAAAUACUGUAAAGAUGUGGAAAAAGGUCUUGUGGUAAGAUGAGACUAAAAUGAAACCUUUUGGCCAUGAUACUAAGCAGUACAUGUGGCAUAAAUCUAUUUCUGCACAUCAGUCUGGUAACACAUUUUUAGCUUUUCAUGCUUUAUCAUUUCCCCUGAUUUUUUGGGCUCUACUGCAGGGGGAAGAAAUAAGCGUGUGAUUCACAAAUAAAAAUUCUCAGUUAAAUUGAUUAAAAUCCCAGGUUGUAAUACUCAUUUCUGUGAACAAGGAGUUGGGGGCUGAAUACUUUUUCAAGGCACUGUAUAUCCUGUGCCUAUGCAAUGGAUCUGGGCUUGCUACAUUAGCUUAGCACCACAUAUUAUCUCAGUCCAUUGGAGUGUUUUUGAAUCCCAUUAGUCUGUGCUUUAGAGGGGAUUUAUUAGCUCGUGUUUUAACUGGCACAGAUAUUACAUCAUUGCUAAUUAUCAUUGAGAACUACCAGAGUUAUUUUUUGAUGUAAUAUGUGAAUGUCUUUGUGAUACAAAGUUACUGUUAAUAAGUUUUAACUGCCAGAGUUUAGAUGUAGUUAUUGCAGAUGUAUGUACCCUCUGCCAUUAUUGUGCUUUAAGAAAUGUACUUGUAUAUAUUUAAUGUAGAUUUUACAAUAUAUAUCAGAUAACAUAUGUUGCAAUUCAUUCAAACGUCAUGAUAUGGAGAGAUGUCAUGGGGAAGUAAUGGACACCAGUGGAAUGACUACAAAGGUUUAUAAGUAAAGGUUUAUACUUUGAAGUACAAGGUUGGAAAUUAAGAUUAAGAGCGUGACAGAUUUUUGAAUUUGCCAAAAGGGAGUGUAAGUUCUGGUUGAUCCUUACAAAUUAUUCUUUUUUAACUUGCAUUCAAAUACACUUGUAAUGACAAUUAAGAAUUUCUAGCGGACGGCUAAUCUGCAAUGCUUGUUUUAUAUCCUCCCCACCAAGGCAUCAAAACAAAAAUCUACUUGAAUAACACUCAAGGGAAAUGAACCCUUUUAGUUUUAUUUCAAAAUGGCUGAGGUGAUUACAGAGGGGUAUCCCAUGAGAAGCUGUAUUUAAAUUAGCACUGGCAAGCCAGGAUUUAAAAAUGCAUAAUAAUGCUUAUCACUGUGAAAUUUUAUUUAUUUCACUUCAGCUAAUCAUCUUGCAGAGCAAUUUUAUCUGAACAAAUCAUACAAGAUGAGUUGCUUUCAUUUUGAAACAGUUAUUUAAGUAUUUUUGUAUUUUAAAAGAUGAAAAGUAGAUUUAAAAGUUGAACAGUGCUAACCAUUUGUUAAAUUAGCACUUGCUACAAUUGUGCUAAUUAAAUAUUUUCAAUAUUAAUCCAGAUCAUGACCAAAGAAAAUAUUCUCAAAACAUGAUUUUGUUUGCAAGCUGUAUUUUCCACAAUCCUAUGUUUAUGUUACAAAACUAAUUAUUUUCAAAUGUAUUUGAAAUAAAAGAUUACUGAUUACCUUGAGGCAAUUACUCAAACAUUUGCAGGUAAUUUUAAAAUCUGUUUAAGGUUUGUAUAUAUUUCAUGCUUGAGUGUUUAUAUUUAUCAAGUAUAUAAAUCUGAAAAUACUGAUUGUGUUUAGUUUACUUUGUAAAUAUUUUUGUAGUGGAUUUGUUUGUCUAAAAUAAUGGAUACCUUUAAUGUCAGGAUUUAUUAAAAUGACUUAAA